AUGCGGCAUGUAGUACUGCUGCUUCUCACUUUACCGUUGCUGUUACGGAAAGUCGAACUCUCAUUCGACCACCACCACCAGCGUUCGCUAUCGUUCGCCGAACGCUUCUUUCCGCUAGCGAUUUCCGCAGUUCUGAAACGUCACUUCAACCACUCGCACGAGGCUCUGCUUAUAAACUGGGCAUCCAACGGUUCGGCGAGUUCCCGGCAGCAGCAGCAGCAAGAUCUACUUAAUGAUGUAAUUCGCUGGACGAACGCUGAAUUGGUAGUACGUUUUUUCCACCCUCGUGCGGAUGUUGUUCGAGCUCGAUUCUACAAUCUACUCGUCGUGGAUGGAUACAGCAGUUUUCGUAAGAUCUAUGAAACGAUGGACUAUAAAACGUACGACUCGUCCGGAUUCUAUCUGAUCGUCAUAACCGGUGAAAUUUACGAAGAUUUGAACGAAUUGCUUCGGUGGAUGUUUGAAGAUCUGUGGAUAUUGGAUAUUUUCAACGUGAAUGUUUUAGUGGUUGCUAGUGAUGGUAGCAUACUGGUAUACACGUUCUUUCCGUACAGAGAGUUUCAUUGUGAAACGGUUAAACCUCUCCUAUGGUUAAACUUUACUGGAACCAUAGACAUGGAUGACAUAGAUUUGUACCCGAACCGGUUGAGAAGUUUUCACGGUUGUCCGUUGAAGGGUGGGACGUUUGAGGCGAAACCUUAUACGAUCAUUCCCAAGCGAGGCAACGCUUCAGAGUUAGUCGUAAGCGGUUUCGAGGGAGAUUUGAUCGAUUUACUGAAGCAGAGAUUAAACUUUACGGUUCACUAUCAAAUCGCUCCGAAUGGUUCCCAGUGGGGUUUCGCACGGGAAAAGGGGAACAGUACUGGUCUGAUGAAGCUGAUCCAAGAGGAACUGGUUGACUUCGGGGUUGGUUGUUUAGCAUUCACCUAUGAUCGACACGUCUAUUUGAAACCCGGAAUAGCUCACUACACUAGUUUGGUAUUGUUUGCAGUUUCCGCUGGACGUCCGUUCACUGCUUUCGAGAAGCUGUUUUGUCCGUUUAGUCCUACGGUCUGGUAUUUAACUGUAGUCUAUCUAGCCAUCGGAACAGUUGUCAUUUUUGGUUUACAAUUCACCUCUCUUCGGGUGAGAAAUUUUGUCUACGGCAGCGAACAGACAGCGGCCUAUUUAAAUUUACUGCAGAUUUUCUUCGGUGGAGGGAUCGGACGGACUCCUGGACGGAACUUUGCCCGAACCCUACUUCUGCUCUGGGUCAUAUUUUGUUUCGUGAUUCGAACGCUGUAUCAGGGAUCCCUCUAUCUCUACCUACAACGAUCGAUGAGUCAUGCCCCACUGGAAACCAUGGAUGAUAUCCAUCGCUCCGGAAUUCCUUACUACAUGUUAGAGAUCGGCGAACGCUACUUCAACACGAUGCCGCAUAUUUUGGAGAGAACUACGCUAGUCCCACCCGGCAAGGACAGUCUCGGUAAAACUAUUGAACGUCUCGGCCGAGGUACGAUCGACGGUGCAGUUCUGAUUCCGCUUGAUCAAGCGGCCUACCACAACAAGAUCUACCCGAAGCGGGAGUUCGUGAACGUUGCGAAGGAACGUGUUGCAGUUUACCCGGUCGGGUUCUACUAUCCGAAAAAGUCGGGUUUAACGGCCGUGUUUGACGAGCAGAUUCGUAACAUUCAGAGUACUGGAUUGAUCGAUUUCUGGGUGCGGCGCUACGGAGAUUGA